CAACUCCCAUUUCUCCUGCAACACUCUUCGAGCCAAGUAGCCAUUAUAUACCCAACACACCAAUCCCAUCCCAACGAACCUCCCAAAUCAGACCUACAAAUCAGGCGAAAAACAUGUCGUGGUUCCAAAAAACAUUCACCCUCCCCGCGCACUCCCGCGGCUCCUACCUCGUCACCGACGAAGUCAUCUCCCAACUUCCCGAACUCCGCGACUACAAAGUCGGCCUGCUGAACUUGUUCGUGCAGCACACGAGCUGCGCGCUGUCGCUGAACGAGAACUGGGACGAUGACGUGCGCGCUGACAUGACCGACGCGCUGGAGCGGGUCGCGCCGUAUGACCGUAAGGGGAACCUCUAUCGGCAUAGUGCUGAGGGGGAGGAUGAUAUGCCUGCGCAUAUUAAGUCCUCUCUUAUUGGUGCUAGUGUGUCCAUCCCUAUCUCGAAUGGUCGUCUUGCGACGGGUACUUGGCAGGGGAUUUGGUAUCUUGAGUUCCGGGCUUCGCGGCACUCGCGCAAGGUGGUUGCUACGAUUCAGGGAGAGAAGGCUUGACUUGGCGGGCCUGAGAGUGAUAUUGAGGGGACGAAGUCUAUGAUGUGAUGAUUGUAUGAGAUAGCCGGGGGUACUUGGUAUGGUGAAAGCGAGGGCUGCAGAGUUAUAUAUCAGGCAAUAUAAUGAGAAGAGUAGCAAAGGCGAUCAAUAUAUUGUCGAUCGCAAUCGCCAUUCAGAAGGAGUUCAAAUUACUGUCUUUGUAGAACUAGGGAAGAAC